GUACGCCAUCGAGGAGGCCAAGCUGCAGCCCUGGCUGGCCGCGUCGCGCGACCGCCACGCGGCCCUCGCGGCGGCUUGGCGCCACGCGCUGCGCGGGGACCCCGUGUCCGCGGUGGCGGAGCUGGCUGUGUUGGAGGCGAGCGCGGCCCCGGGCGCCGCCGACGGGUCCGCGCCGGCCGCGCACCCCAAGGCCGAGGAGCUGUGCCGAGUCUUUCCUGUGGACGACAGGGCGCGCAGCUACCUGCUGGCCUCGCCCGCCCGGGUCCAGGCGCGGGCCGUGCGGGAGUUCCGCCCGGCGGGCGGCAGCUCCCGGGGCGACUACUCGGCGCUGCUGGUGGCGUGGCUGCAGCGGUGCCGCGCGGCCGAGGCCGCCGCCUCGGCGACCCGCAUCCGCCGCGCCCGCGCCGCCGUGCAGCCGAGAGAGCAGCGGCGUCGGGAGGACGCCGCGCUGGCGCUCUUCUCCACGGGCGAGGGGCCGCCGUGGCGGCGCCUGCGCAGGUGGCUCCUGGGCCCGCCGCCUGGCAGCCGCCGGCCGGCGGGGAGCGCCGACUGA